CCACAGGUGUGUAGAACCCUUUGAGAGCCAAAAAAGAGCCAUAGUUUUUCCACAUAAUUGUUUUUGAAAUAUUAUCAGAUUAUUUUAUUUUAAGUAAAUUAAUAAAGAGUUAAGUAGGUCUUCUGUUAAGUUGAGACAUUCAGUGUACCAGUCAUUAUGGAGACCAGAUGUCCGAUGCCAUUGCCAACCAAACCAUCUCUUAUUCAUCGAGGUCCUCCAGUACGAUACCGUCUACAUACAGAGAGAAAAGUGCUUGAUGAUCAUGGAAAAGUAAGAAAAUGGACAUAUGGGAAAAGAGAUACCAGUAAACAAAACAAAAUUGUACUGCUGGUGGGAGAAACGGGCUCUGGCAAGACCACUCUCCUAAACACAAUGGUCAACUAUUUAAAGGGGGUCAAAUUUGACCACAACAUUUGGUAUGAAAUCACAGAAGAAGAGGCCAGGGACCAAUCAGAAUCUCAAACUUCUGAAAUCACUAUGUAUGAGGUUUGUCCUAAAGCACCAUUAUCAAUAUCACUCACAGUCAUUGAUACUCCAGGAUAUGGAGACACCAGAGGACUGGAAAAUGAUUUGGAAGUUGCUGAAAAUUUAUCCACGCUGUUUCAGAGUGAAGAUGGAGUGCAUGAGAUCGAUGCCAUCUGUUUUGUGAUUCAAGCAUCUAAGAAUCGCUUCUCAGACAGACAGCACUACAUAAUAAGUUCAAUUCUGUCUCUGUUCAGCAAAGACAUAGUGAACAACAUUGUCUUUUUAAUCACACACUCUGAUGGUUUGCCACCUCAAAAUGUCCUCAAUGCUAUCAAUAAAUCUAAAAUCCCCUGCAAAAGAGACAGCAGUGGCCAACCUGUUUAUUUCUUAUUCAACAACCGUGAAGCUGAGGGCCGUCAAACUGAGACACGUUAUCUUCAUGCUCAAAGAGAUGCAUGGGACAGCAGCAUGGAAAACAUGAAGAAAUUCUUUGAGUCACUAAAAAAACAGAACAGAAAAAGUUUAGAGAUGACUUCUGAUGUACUAAGGGAGCGCAUGCAGUUGGAGGCAUCUAUUUCCAACUUGCAGAUGCGAAUACAGGAAAAGGAAUUCAAAAAGACUGAAAAGAUACAGAUUCAAGAAAUACUGAGGCAAAACAAGGAAAAGAUUGACAAGUGUACAAAUUUUCCCAUUGAAGUUAGCAGGACCUACAAAGAAAAGGUUCUCAUUGUGAGUGACUCUUGGAAAAACAGGAAGGCAACCACUUGCACUGUCUGUGAAGAAAACUGUCAUGAAUAUGGCUGCUGGUGGGUUUCUGGCCCUAGCAAAUGUGAAGUCAUGAAAAAUGGCUUCUGCACUGUGUGCACAGGGAAGUGCCACCACAGUAAACAUGUCAAAGAAAACAAGAAAUACGUGAUCAGAAACUCAAGCACUAACAUGCAAUAUGAUGAUAUUAAAAGAGAGUAUGCAGAAGAACAGUCCAUGUUGUUUUUUAAGAUCAUGCAAAAUAUUGAAAAAGAUCUGAAGGAACUUGAAGCACAAAAGUCCAUUCUGUUAUAUGAUGCUUACAUGGCCAUCAGUCAUCUGUCUAAGAUUGCAUUGAAACCAGACUCUGCUUUCACUCUUCAUCAUCUUGACUUCUUCAUCCCCAGAGUGAAGGAGGCUGGUAAAGAUAACUGGGUCAGGGAACUGGAGAUCCUGAGGAAAGUGGCCAUAGCUGAGGAAGCAAAUAAAGACGCUCUGAGUUAUCUCAAAGCAGGUUUGUCAAAACAGUUCACCAGCAAGUGAACGCAUGCAUUAUGCUUAAAGGGGUCUCAGAGAGUAAAAUAUUAUAGCUGAAUAUAUAUAUAUAUAUAUAUAUAUAUAUAUAUAUAUAUAUAUAUAUAUAUAUAGAUAGAUAGAUAUAUAUAUAUAUAUAUAAUAUAUUGAAGAUGACAUCUUGAAAAUAUAUACUGUGUACAUUUUUAAUUAUGAAGUGAAAUCAGGGGUAUACAAUUUUCUCAUGUCAACAAUUAUGCUUGAAUAUAAUAAUAUAAUAUACCACCACCACCACCACCUGAUUAUGAAUUGAUGUAAAGGGUAUAUUUCUGCUUUUUCUAAAAAUGCACCUAGAUAUUUAUUUUUUUCCAGGUCAGACUCUCAAAUAUUUUUUAUGUAUAAAUGAAACUUGAUAUUAAAAUCAUUUGGUAUAUUAUUAUUAUUAUUAUUAUUAUUUCUUAUAUUUUGUGCUUUUUGUUUUAUUAUUGUUGUAUAUUAUUAUAUUUUCUGUUGAAUUGUCUAGGUAGAAAUUCAUGUUGAGAAAAUUUCUUUAAAUAAAAUCUGGAUUUGGCCACUUUUUGUGAUGUUAAAAUAACGCAUUUUGUACUCCGGCUUACAAACGAACAUUUUGUGAGUUUAGUGAAGGGGUAGAUUUUCAAUCCCCUUUACUUUUACAUAUUCUCUUUUUUACUAUCCUCAUUUAUUGCUAAUCAAUAUUCUUUUUUAUUUUUCAUGAUUAAAUAUUUUCUUAUUAUCUUUAUUUUUAUGUAUUAUAUGUACAAGUUAUCUGAGGGGUGACUUAGGGUCUGGCCCAUGUCAGGAAUGCAGUAGCAGUGAAUAUUUAUUUAGCUCAGCUCCCAUUCUACUGCAUUUCUUCAUUCAUAAUUAUCAUACAAUUAGUAAAUCAAUCAUCAAUUAAACAACUGAUUUAGCCUUUAUUAAAUCACAUCUUAAUAAGUGGAGAGAUUUCAUUACAUGCUUAUUAUAUUUACUUAAAUGUUAUUAUUGUUUUCUUUCCUGGUUCAUAAAAGCAACCACUUAUAUAAUGUAUUUGAUAUUUAAUUAAUUAAUUAACUGCUUAAAUGUAUUUUAUAACUUUCAAUGUACUAAUGAUUCAAUAGUUUUUAGAUUAAUCCUAUGUUAGACUUUUAUUCUUUCUACCUGUUAUGCUGCAGUCACAGUUUCAACAUGUCAGAACUGUCAUCCCAUUGUGAUAAUUUUUGUUAAGAAUUGUGGAAUAAUUUUGGCAUUAUAGUUGAAGUUAUAGAGGCAGCUUCAGCUGAGGAAAAAACAAAAACAAAAUGGCUCUGGAGUACAACACAUAGUUAAGAUGGAAAAAUAUUGAGUUGUGUUUAGCAGAAUUUUCAGAAUAGUGUGAAAACAGAUUUUUUUUUAUAGAAUAUAUUGUAUCACUUAACUCUUUUACUGAACACCAUAAUUCGAUAACUGUAUAUUCUUUACAGACUUUACAUUCUUGUUGGAUGGAUCAAAUUAAAAUAGUAUGCUGUUUAGUGUGUCUGAUGGAGUUGACACAAAUUACAAUAAGAUGUACGUAAGUUAUGAAGUGAAUAAAUGUCAAUUUUCAGAA